CUAUUCAUUUAUUCUACAUUUCCUCUGCAAAAGUGAUCGUUAUUAUGUCAUCAAAAAAGCUGAUAAAUUCGGUAGAAAGAUGCGUUGACGAGGCAUUAGAAGGUUUGGUACUGAUAAACCCAGGUCUACAGAUUUUACAGGGACACCGAGUCGUGGUCCGAAGUGACGUAGAAGAUGUCAUCAAAGCUGGAAAAGUUACUCUCCUCUGCGGGGGAGGGUCUGGGCAUGAACCGGCGCAUGCAGGUUACAUUGGCUCUGGAAUGCUGUCAGCAGCUGUAGCCGGGGCAGUGUUUACCUCCCCUCCCCCCAGCAGUAUACUAGCAGCCCUAAGGAGCAUCACUAAGGCAGGGGCAGCUGGUUCUCUGAUCAUUGUGAAGAAUUACACUGGGGACAGACUGAACUUUGGCCUGGCAGCUGAAAGGGCAAAGGCUGAGGGGUUAAAGGUCAACAUGGUUGUUGUUGGAGAAGAUUGUGCUCUCACAUCGGCUGACAAAACUGCAGGAAGACGAGGACUCUGUGGAACAGUUUUUAUUCAUAAGAUCUGUGGUGCUUUAGCAGAGGAAGGAAAAAGCUUGGAAGAAAUCCAUCAGGUGGCUAGUAAUGCUGCCAGAAAUAUGGGCACCAUUGGUGUGAGUUUGACUCCCUGCAGUCUACCAGGAGCAGGGCCAUCAUUUGAACUAAAGAGUGAUGAAAUGGAGUUAGGGUUAGGUAUACAUGGAGAGGCUGGUGUCAAAAGAACAAAACUUGUGUCAGCCAAAGAAGUUGUUACAAUGAUGCUGGAUCACAUGACAAACCCCAAAACAUCAACUCACAUUAACCUCAAAAAAGGUGACAAAGUGGCAUGUAUGAUUAAUAAUCUCGGUGGGACUUCAGUUUUAGAAAUGAGCAUCAUUGCCAGAGAGGCAAUUCAGCAGUUAGAGAGUAGAGGAGUAGCAGUGGAGAGGGCCUAUUGUGGAUCCUUGAUGACAUCACUAGAAAUGGCAGGGGUCUCCAUCACACUGUUACAUCUGGAUGACACCAUCAGACACUGCUUGGAUGCCAAAACCACUGCUCCUGGCUGGCCUGCCCCAAUGUUGCCAGUGGGAAAGGCCACACGUGAGAAUCCUGAAGUCAUGCCUUACAACCAGAAGGAUGAGGCUGUGAAGUCCAGUAAUGCCAUCAGUGUACCCAAAGAGACAGCUGAGAUGCUGUAUGACAUGAUAAAGCUGUCCAUGGAGAAACUGAUCUCAUCAGAGGAGGAUCUCAAUAACCUGGACAAGGAGAGUGGGGACGGGGACUGUGGGUCAACACUGGCCAGAGGGGCCAAAGGUAUUCUACAAAAUCUGGGACCAAAGAACAAUCCAGGUCUUCCCGUUCAGAUCCCAGCAGACCUUGCCUUGUCUCUGGCAAAGAUUGUGGAAAACUCCAUGGGUGGAUCCUCAGGAGCGCUUUACAGUUUAUUCUUGACCUCUGCUUCCCUCUGUCUCCAGUCUUCUGUAACCCCUAAGGACUGGGUCAGUGCUUUAACUAACGGGAACAGCACAAUCAUGAAGUAUGGUGGAGCAGAGCCAGGAGAUAGAACAAUGGUGGAUUCACUGGUAGCUGCUGGCACCACACUGUCAGAGAAAAUUUUAUUGUCUACACCUGUUCAAGCUUUAGAGGCAGCAGUACUGGCAGCAGAAAAAGCAGCCCAGGACACUGCUCAAAUGAAAGCCAAGGCUGGACGGGCAAGCUAUGUGAGUGCAGAAAGGUUAAAGAGUCCCGACCCAGGGGCAGUUUCCGUGACUUACUGGAUGAGAGCAGUGCUAGAGGUCCUCAAAGCAGCUUAAAAACAGAGGAUAUGACUCAAAAUCCUUGUGUACAAAACUACUAAAGCAUUGAUUUUAACAUGAAAGAAUAUUAGGGCUCUGCACAAGAUGCAGGAAUCCAGUAGUCAGUUUUGAAUUACUAGUAUUUUGACUAUUAUUCUUUGUGUUUCAAUGAAAGGGGUCAUUGAAAUCCAUAUUUAUAUUAACAAUUAAGUUUACGAAAACGAAAGGUUUAAUUGUUAAUUUAAUUUUUUUAAGG